CGGCGCACCGUGUUUUUUGCCUUGUUUGCUCCAAUAGUCGCACUGCCUGCGCAGUGGAUGGAGCAGGGGUCCUUUCAAGUUACAGACCUGGCACUAUCCGAUUCUCCGGGUAUUUUUGCCAAGUCUGACCAUUCGAUAUUUGUGGAGUCUAUGACAAUGGAUUGACAAAGGCGACAGAUGAGAUGCGCUCUUCUAAAUUUUGAGUAGCCUUUCCGGCUGCAUAGCACGAGCUUUAAUUAUUCCUGUCCAUUCGUCUUACCACGCUAACACUGGGUCGUGGAGUUUCUUCAAAUACGUUGUAUUUUCAAGUGCCGGGAGAGGGAUGCGCCGCAAGGAGAACUAAUAAUUUAGAUUUAAGAGGCAUCUGGGAUGGAGUUCGUCCGAUUUGCGGCAAUGCACGGACUUGGAGAAAGACCUGCUACGUGAUACAGCAAGAUUUGUCCUGAAGAAGUGUAGAAUGCAUCGGAACCAUUCAAGUCUUUGUGCUGCCUACUGAGCCGCGUUUCAGGGGUCCACCACUGAAAGGCUGCCCGCUUCAGGUCUGCUUUGGCUGUCCCACAUCGUCUCGGGCUGCGUCAGAUAUAACAAAAAGCCACACUGGAACAACCCAAUACUUUAUAAGAAGAUGAUUGGUGAGGAAUCUCUAAGAACCACAGAUCGUUGACAUUCAUUUGGCCUGGAGCUUUUUCGUUCGAGUAUCGCUGACUGGUGGUCAUCAUUUAGCAUCUGGAGAGUGUCCCCACCGACGGAACAAAAUGGCCUUAGCUCCGUGGAGGUGUCCACUCGUUCAUUGGCUACUCGUAGCUCUGGCCCUUAUUCAAAUUUCACAAGCAUUCAGCCGUGCUGCCUUGCCCUUUGGCCUGGUCAGGAGGGAGCUCUCGUGCGAGGGUUACCCCAUCGAUCUCCGCUGCCCAGGGAGCGACGUCAUUAUGAUUGAGACGGCAAACUACGGCCGCACCGAUGACAAGAUCUGUGACGCUGACCCUUUCCAGAUGGAAAAUGUCAACUGCUACCUCCCCGACGCCUACAAAAUCAUAUCGCAAAGGUGUAACAAUCGGACACAAUGUAUUGUUGUCACCGGGUCAGAUGUCUUUCCUGAUCCCUGUCCAGGGACCUAUAAGUACCUUGAGGUUCAGUACGAGUGUGUCCCUUACAAAGUGGAGCAAAAAGUUUUCAUUUGUCCUGGGACUCUGAAAGCGGUCACCGAGCCCACCUUUGUCUUUGAGGCAGAGCAGCAGGCGGGCGCGUGGUGUAAAGACCCUCUCCAGGCGGGGGACAAGAUCUACCUCAUGCCCUGGACGCCGUACCGCACGGACACCCUGAUCGAGUACUCCUCGCUGGAAGACUUCCGGAAUGGACGGCAGACCACCACAUACAAGCUGCCCCAUCGGGUGGACGGCACGGGCUUCGUGGCGUACGACGGCGCCAUCUUCUUCAACAAGGAGCGCACGCGCAACAUCGUCAAGUUCGACCUGCGCACGCGCAUCAAGAGCGGCGAGGCCAUCGUAGCCAACGCCAACUACCACGACACGUCGCCCUACCGCUGGGGAGGCAAGUCCGACAUCGACCUAGCCGUGGACGAGCACGGCCUGUGGGUCAUCUACGCCACCGAGCAGAACAAUGGCCGCAUCGUGCUGAGCCAGCUCAACCCCUACACACUCCGCUUCGAGGCCACCUGGGACACGGCCUACGACAAGCGCUCGGCCUCCAACGCCUUCAUGGUGUGCGGCGUCCUGCACGUGGUGCGCUCCACCUAUGAGGAGAACGAGAGCGAGGCCAGCAAGAGCCAGAUCGACUACAUCUACAACACCAAACUGGGCCAGGGCGAGUUCACCGACAUCCUCUUCCCCAACCAGUACCAGUACAUCGCCGCUGUGGAUUACAACCCGCGCGACAACCAGCUUUACGUGUGGAAUAAUUUUUACAUCCUGCGAUACGAUCUGGAGUUCGGGCCGCCCGAUCCCGACGAAGCCCCAACCGUCAUUUAUGAUGUUACGCCGACUGCGCCUUUCAAAACCACCACGACCAUCGGCCCUUCCUCCACAACGCUGCAGAGUCCGAUCAACAACACCAUCAUGCCUGACCGUGUGGAACCUCCGUCUGACCCCGAAGGCACCGCCAGCCCCACCGCCGUGGAACCUCCGCCCUCAUCCAGGCGCUUCUGCGAGGGAACGGUGCGGAGAGGAAUAGCUUGGCCGCAGACACACAGAGGCAUAAAUGUGGAGAGACCUUGCCCGAAGGGCACUAAAGGCAUCGCCUCCUACCUCUGCUCGGCAACCACGGGGGCCUGGAACCCCAAGGGCCCGGAUCUCAGUAACUGCACCUCCCACUGGGUCUCGCAGGUAGCUCAGAAGAUCCGCAGCGGCGAAAAUGCAGCCAACCUGGCCAACGACCUGGCACACCACACCCAGUGGCCGGUGUUCCCCGGCGAUGUCAGCUCCUCGGUGCGUCUCAUGGAGCAGCUGGUGGACAUCCUGGACGCUCAGCUGCAGGAGCUACGGCCCAGCGAGAAGGACACAGCCGGACGCAGCUUCAACAAGCUUCAGAAAAGAGAAAGGACUUGCAGGGCAUACAUGAAGGCCAUUGUAGAUACGGUUGACAACCUCCUGCGGCCGGAAGCCCUGAAAUCCUGGGAGGACAUGAAUUCGACAGAGCAAACGCACACCGCCACCAUGCUACUCGAUACCCUGGAGGAAGGAGCCUUUGUCCUUGCAGACAACCUGAUGGAGCCCGCUGUUGUCAAAGUCCCCGCUGAGAACAUAAUGCUGGAUGUAUAUGUGCUGAGUACAGAUGGCCAGGUGCAGGACUUCCGUUUCCCCCAGACCAGUAAAGGGGGUGCCACCAUUCAGCUGAGCGCCAACACCGUCAAGCUCAACAGCAAAAACGGAAUCGCCAAACUGGUUUUUGUCCUUUAUAAGCACCUGGGCCACUUCCUCACCGUGGAGAACGCCACCAUGAAGCUGGGCGGGGAGCAAUGGGGACACAACCUCACGCUGGUGGUCAACUCCCACAUCCUGUCCGCCUCCAUCAAUAAGGAGUCCAGCCGCGUGUUCGUGACUGACCCCAUCAUCUUCACCCUGGAGCACCUCGACACCGAGCAUUAUUUUAACCCCAACUGCUCGUUCUGGAACUACUCGGAGAGGAGCAUGAUGGGCUACUGGUCCACUCAGGGCUGCAAGCUGCUGGACACCAACAAGACGCACACCACCUGCUCGUGCAGUCACCUGACCAACUUCGCCAUCCUCAUGGCGCACCGUGGGCACGUGCGCGAGGGAAGUGUCCAUGAACUCCUGCUGACGGUCAUCACGCGGAUGGGCAUCGCCGUGUCGCUGGUCUGCCUGGCCAUUAGCAUCUUCACCUUCUGCUUCUUCCGUGGCCUGCAGAGCGACCGCAACACCAUCCACAAGAACCUGUGCAUCAACCUCUUCAUCGCCGAGCUGCUCUUCCUCGUGGGGAUCAACAUGACCGAGCCCAAGAUUGUGUGCUCCGUAAUCGCUGGAGUUCUUCACUUCUUCUUCCUGGCGGCAUUUGCCUGGAUGUGUCUGGAGGGCGUUCAGCUGUACCUCAUGCUGGUCGAGGUGUUUGAGAGCGAGUACUCCCGCAGGAAAUACUACUACGUCUCCGGCUACCUCUUCCCCGCCAUCGUGGUCGGGAUCUCGGCAGCCAUCGACUACAGGAGCUAUGGCACCAAGCGGGCCUGCUGGCUGAGAGUGGAUAACCACUUCAUCUGGAGCUUCAUCGGACCAGUAGCAUUUAUCAUUAUGCUCAAUCUCAUCUUCCUGGUUGUGACCAUGUACAAGAUGGUGAAGCAUUCGACUUCAAUGAAACCAGAUUCCAGUCGCUUGGAGAGUAUAAGGUCCUGGGUGUUGGGGGCAUUUGCACUGCUCUGUCUGCUGGGACUGACGUGGUCCUUUGGCCUGUUCUUCCUCAAUGAGUCAUCCGUGGUCAUGGCGUACCUCUUCACCAUCUUCAACACUCUGCAGGGCAUGUUCAUCUUCAUCUUCCACUGCCUCCUUCAAAAGAAAGUGCGGAAAGAGUACAGCAAGUGUUUCCGCCAGUCCCAAUGCUGCGGUGGCCUGCCCUCGGAGAGCACUCACGGCUCGGGGAAGGCGUCCACGUCCCGCUCCACCGCCCGCUACUCCUCUGCCACGCAGAGCCGUAUCCGGCGGAUGUGGAACGACACUGUGAGGAAGCAGUCAGAGUCCUCCUUCAUCUCGGGAGACAUCAACAGCACCUCAACACUUAACCAAGGGAUGACUGGCAACUAUCUUCUAACUAACCCCCUCCUCCGACCUCACGACACUAACAACCCCUAUAACAACCUCCUCGCUGAAACCAUCGUGUGCAACACACCCUCGCCCCCAGCCUUUCAUUCUCCAGGUCAGCAGUCCCUGACCAACAGCAGGGACGUGAGCGCCAUGGACACGCUGCCCCUCAACGGUAACUUCAACAACAGCUACUCGCUGCGCGACGAGGAGUACGAGGACCCGGCGGCCGUGGUGCGCUGCACCGCCGACUGCACGCUGGGCCUGGACGACGCCGCCUUCGAGAAGAUGAUCAUCUCCGAGCUGGUGCACAACAACCUGCGUCCGCGCGGAGCGUCCAGGCCCUGCCACGGCGAGCCCGACCCCCGCGCCGACAAGGACCGCGAGCGCGGCCGGCUAGCCGGAGGGGGAGCGCCGCCCCAGACGUGGCUGAGCGUCGAGGCCGGGGUGCGGACGAGCAGCCGGUGCGGAGCGGGUAGCGGCAGCGAGGACGACGCCAUCGUGGUCGACGACGGCGAUGCGGACGGGGUGGACGCCUCCUCCCCGCUGACGGCGACGGCAUAUCCAGCGGCCGGUGGGCCUCUUCCUUCGCACCACCCUCCACUGGAGCUGCUGCUGCACCCGCACCACCGGCAGGCCCUCGAGGCCCCGUUGCUGCCCCAGCGGACUCACUCGCUGCUCUACAGUGCCCAGCGUGCACAACGGCGGGCCCCGCGCCGCCAGCCCGGCGACGACGGCGACGAGGACGAGGACGAGCGGUCAGACGACGUGGACGGCAUCACGGCGGAGACGUCGCUGGCGGCCCAGGACAAGGGCUCGCCCUCGCCCAACAACAGAGACUCCCUGUACACCAGCAUGCCCAACCUGAGGGACUCGCCCUCGCCCGUCUGUGACGACGGGGAGGACGACGGCCUCCUCUCCUCCUCGCCCACGCCAAGCGAGGCCGAGGAGCUCUGCCACAAGAGCAUGCCCGACCUGGGCGACGGACCGCCCUCGCUCUCCUACUACCACAUCAGCCGGCGGGGCACCAGCGAGGGCUGCAUCGGGCCCGGGGACCCCGAGGACUGCCCGCCGCCGCCACCACUGCCCGUAGACGGCGAGCCCCCCAAGGACGGACAAAUGCAGCUGAUCACCAGCCUCUGAGCUCACGGGGGGUAGCGGUCCAAGAGACGCUUUGCCACUUUUGCCCACCCACCCCUCCCUAUCUCAUUUCAUUUGCUCUCUCUCUCUCUCUCUCUCUCUCUCUCGUGCUCUUUCCUACUCCCUCGAUCCUUUGAUCUGAUUCGCAGGCCACCAGGCAGGAAAAGUGAGCCACAUGUAGGAGGAGGCAAAGUGAAAUUACAUUUUUACUGCUAACUCAACAAACACAAACAAACACAUGCACACACACAUACAAACACUCGGUUUUUUGUUUGUUUUUUACGAAAAGAAGGAAGAAAAACAUACCAUCUGUGUAUUUUUAACUGUUCUGUUGGACUCCUGGGGUGGUAAAAUGCACAGAAUGGCGUGUGUGUAUGUGUGUGAGAGAACGAGGUGUCCAUGAUAAGCCUGGCGCCAUCCUCACCCAAUGCUUUUUUGUAUGAUAUAAUGAAACCAUGCCAACGUCUUGGAGCUCCGAUACUGUCCUGAGUCUUUUCCAAGCGGGAGAACCCUACUGACUAUCGGAGCCUUCAGAUACCCCCGACUCUAGAGCAAGGGCCACCCCUCAAAAAAACUGAAGACUGAAAAGAAGAGAUUAUAAAGAACCACUACUUCAGACUCAGGCCUUAUAUUUUCUCUAUUGCACAUUCAACUGUACAAAGAACAGCUAAAGAAGAUAUAUUUUGCUGUACCACAAGUGGAAAAAAAAAAGAUGAAAAGAAAACCAAGCAAAACAAUUAUGGCAACCGUUAAGUGCGAGAUGUCAGUGAAAGAGAUUAUUGUGAAGAGGUUGCACAUCAUGUUAAAAAACCUGUUUAUUCUUCAUACACUUCAUUCAUUGUAGUACCUUUAAAACAUGGAGAAAAAAAGUCAUAUAAAAAGUCAUAUAACUCAUAAGUCCAUACACACAUGAGCAGUGUUUUAGCUUCCAUGGAACAUGGGUUUUGACGGUUUUUUAAAAGAAAUGUGUUUUUGCCAAUGUUUCAUGUACCAUUUCAAACAAAAGAUAGCAACGCCUUGCACAAAUUUGGAGUGAAUUGGGUUAUUAUGUAAUUUAUUUACUGUAAAAUACUUGACAGUAAUAGUCAAGAUUCAAAUAUCUUGUGUUGAUACGAUCAAAAACGUUAAAUAAUUUAUUAAGAGUGAUGGAUUGAGGAAAAUGAAAGGAAAUGUGCUGGAAAGAAAGUGUGAUUUGCAUCAGCACUGUUGAUACUCAUUUCAAUCAUUUUGUAAAACCCCAUUGUCAGAAGCUGAUGUAAAAUCCAACUCUUGUUUGAUGUCAAAUAAAUGUGAGAAUUUUUUCUGGUUUGCAAA